AGCAAACUCAAAACAUGUCAUGCGUUAUCUCCAAUACCAAUGUUCAAAAUUAAUUUAAAUUUUAUAAAAACACGAAUACAAAACUAAAUAAUUCGUUAUGUGAGUUUAGUAUUCCCUAAAAAAAACGAAAAAAAAAAAAGAAAAGAACAAAAAGAAUGUUGCGGUCUAUUUGUACGCGAGUUGUUCGCUCGCCGAUGAUGGUUCCCAAAGCUAACUGGCAAAAUUUCGUUAUGUCGGAUGCGUUGGCUCAAAUAGAAAAGGACUGUGAGCGCUUCUGUCGCGUACCUAGGUUUCCACCACAAAAGGUUACAGUGGUAGGUGCCGGCAGCGACGUGGGUCGCAUAGCGUCAUUGUUCCUCAAACAGCAGAAGGUGGUCAAAACCCUGGCCAUGUACGACGACUACCCCGAGAGGUGUGUGCUCGGAGUGGCCAAUGACGUCGCCCACAUCGACACCAGCACUGAGGUCGAAGCUUACCAGGGAAAGGCCUACAUGAGGGAUGCUCUUGAUGAUGCAGACGUAGUUCUGAUCUGCGGCGGGUGCUACGUGCUGCCGCCGUGCUGCUGCGCGCCGGACCGCGAGAUCUUCUUCCAGAACAUGCAGCUGGUGCGCACGACCACGCUGGCGUGCGCGCAGUUCUGCCCGCAAGCCAUCAUCGCCGUGCAGACGCCGCCAGUCGAUUGUAACUUCGCGCUCUGUGUCCAUACGCUGAAAAUGGCGGGCAAAUACAACAGACGUCGCGUUCUGGGUGUGAACGCUAUAAACGCGAUGAGAGCGAACCAGCUGGUGUGCUCUAUCACCGGCACCGACCCCAGCGCCGGCAGCACGCCGGUCGUGUGCGGCACUGGACGCUGCACGCGCGUGCCGGUCUUCUCAGCUGCCAAAGCUGCCAACAUCCCGCAAACGCAGUUGGACUGCCUGAUCCGACUGGUGCGGGAGGCAGACGAGAUCAUCUGUAAAGUGAAGAGCAAUAACGAACAGGGCCACCUGUCCAUCGGUUUCGCCACGGCCAGAUUCGUUGUUCACAUCAUGAAAGGUCUAUUCGAAAAACCGACAUUCAUAGACAGUGCCCUGGUGGAACAAAACGACCCGGAGAAAUGCUACGGCAUGCCCGUCUGCGCGACCCCCGUCACCGUCGGCAAGGGCGGCAUCGUCGAGUACGCGGUACCCAUCCUCAACGAGGCGGAAAAAUCAUUGCUGGACGAUAGCAAGUGUGACCUCGAAGACAUGUUGAAAUUGGGCCGCUGCUACGCGACCGGCGACGAGUACUCCCUACACGAGUGCCGAUUCUACGAGUGGCCGUGUCCCCCACCCUGCCCCGUCGGAAAACCGUGCCAAAGGAAACAGGAUUAAGUCUGUAACAAUAAAGCUAAUGGUAAAGUCCUUUUCUGUUUUACUACGUUCCGCUAGGUCCUGUCAUGGCGUGUAAAAAAAGAAUUAAGCUAUUGUAAUAAAGUAAAGAAAUUGUUAAA